CCCCUUCAAUGCUGCCAGCGACGGUGAAUACGGUGAGGAAGACUUCGAAAGAUUCGACUGUGACGGUAACAAUGAUAACCGCAAAGUUUGCACGCGACAACAGUCAGCAACAAGUCCCACCAUCAUCCCUCGCCUCGAUGAGUGGGACAUACGAACCUCGUGCAGACGAUUAUACCUUUAAUGCUCUCAAUACCUUCUCCUUUGGAAACCCUACCCCGAUACUAGAUCCAUCGACGUCGUCAAGUUCCUUGUCACUAACGCCAGAACAAGAGUCUCCCACGACAAUCCAUGUAGAUGUAACACCGAGGCCCAGCGUCGUUGGAACUGCUCCGGCUCAUCAACACUAUCAUCAGCGGUGGAAUAAACCGUCGUCGACACGAAACAGCGAUAAUGACGAAGAAGACCAAAACCGCAAACACCGCGACUCUUCCUCCAAAGCAUCAAUGACAACAGGGCGUUUCUCAGAUCUUUCUCCGUCAACAUCUCAGUCUGCAUCAGCCGUUUCCCUAGAAGAACGACAACAGGUCGAGUUUAGCAGUGAUGAUGAUUUUGGUUAUGACUAUGACGACGACGACGACGGACCGGAGCUUAGUUUAUCAGGAAUAGGUGAAAGGUAUGAAAUGGAGGGUCUUACCUCUAUAAGUGAGGGUCAGCCGCCUUCUGCAGCAGAUUUACGCGCUUGGCGUAGGGGAAGCCUACCUGGACCUACGGCACUCAACGUUGCUGUUUCGAAUUCAACCGCAGUCUCUGACAACAGUUCAUAUCAUCGGAGGGAUAGGGAAGCCAGCGUGGCUACCCUGCGAAAAUCCAGCAAAAGUCUUGAACAUGGACUGCGCAUAUCAGCUCCGGUCGACGGUGCAAAUUCGUCUUCCCAUAAGUCAGCAAUCGACCCUUCAUCAUCUCCAGUCUUAUUUUCUUCACCGUUUUCCUCUUCUGGAGCAGACUCUCCCAGAAUAAGGGGCCCGUUAGUCACCCAAUCAGUUGACCCUCGAACACCACUCCCACCAUUACCGCAGUCCCCCGAUUCCCAAUCACCAGUGGAUAAUUUUGGAUUUGACCUCGCUUACAUCACUCAAGGGAUCACCUCUUUUGAUGACUCACCCAUAUCGCCUGUAGUCGCACUGUCACCUACCUCUCAGUUCAACGAUUUCGUUGCCCGCCGACCCUCACUUACACCCUCAACCGCUUCCGGUCCAAAGUCUCCUAAAUGGUGGAACACCUGGGGUUUUCCGCGAAGACAUUCCGCUGCGAGCACUGGCAGUGGAGAAAAUAUGGAACGUACCAAUGGAGGUAGUAUGUUCUUGUACGAUGAUUCGUUUUCCAAAGGCUUGUUGAGGUGGGGUGGAGAGGGAUACAGAGAGCAACGGAAGGAAUGGUGCUUUAGAAGAGUUCCAGAGAUUGAUAGGGAGAGCGAGGGAGAGAAGAGAGUCGGCGAUGACGAGGAUUCACAGAGCUCUGCUUCAGGUACAUCCCCAGUUGACGAGAAGGAAAAAGAGAGGCAGCGGGCCAGGGCAAAAGAACGCGCCAAGCAGCGAGAUCGGCGUGCUCCAGAAAACUGGCGCGGUAUGGUGAUUGGUGCCGAGGAACUCUGGAUGAACGAUCUAGUGGGUAACUUUACUGUCUCAAGGGAAGAAGUCAUUCGCAAAGGCACAGAAACCUCCGGGAAAACCCCUCAGCAGCGUCUCAUCGUCCGUGGUAGCAGGAAACGCACAAAAGCUGAAAAUCGCCGCCGAGAACUGCAGCAUCCUCCAGUCAUCGUACAUAAACAUUCAAGGGCACUUGCUUUUUCUUUGAGUCGAUAUUACAAGUCGUCCGUGAACAGCACGGUGGACCGGCACUCCUCAUCCACAGCUUCCACAGUCACCAGAAGACCGACAACGCCUGCGAGCAAUGGCAGAAGCACUGCUAGCGGUCUGAUACUACCGAUGCCUUCACAAAAGAGUGCCGCUCGAGUGAUUUUAUUGGCUCCCAGGAAGGUUCAGGAGGCAUUUACCAGCACAACCACGACCAAGUUGCUCGCCGAACAUGGCCUGCUACAAGCUGGAGGGGAAGACGCAGUCCAAGGAGAUCGGAACUACGGGAGGCGGAAAAGUGCGGUGGCCAGCGCACCGGCAAGUACAGGAGACGCCUCUCCACGCCAACGAAGCAAAAGCGUGAGUGGCAGUACUCCCAAUAGCGUCAACGACAGGAAGAAAGAUAAAGAUUCUUCCUCUUCCAACGGUCCAGCCUCAAGCCUGGUACCGCCUUUACCACCUCCUCCAGUGACAGCCCCAGUGCCAUCAGAACCUGCCAAUUCGUUCACUGCGCUUGCACCUCCAUCUACCUCUGCUCCUUUGUCUAAUUUCUCCGAAUCGGUCAGUGGGACAUCUACGCGAGAUCUCAAGAUCCAGACGAAAGGCGGGUGGCUACCUGAUUCCACUCCCGCCUCCGAGAAUCAUUCACGCGGGAAAGGAUUUGCUGACGGAGACAACGACAGUUACGACUCCCAGGAUAAUGACGAUCUGAAUCCUACAUCUUCGUCUCAUUAUUCUAGUUCGACCGGCGAAACAUCUGUUUCCGGGUUCGGAUAUACCGUCGAUAGCGAUGAUACGGACGAUGACCUUUUAGUACCGUUUCGCACUCCGCAUCGGGAAACGUACGGCACUGUCGAUAUCAAUGCCUACGAACACCAUCAUACGUUGUUUGUGCAUCCAGCGCCUCAAACCGAUAGCCGAUCCGGACUGGGCUUGCUCGAUCGCUUGCGUUCGCGCGGUGGUCGUCAACACCACGGGGCAAUUGGAGUAGCGACUAUGCAACCGUUCGAUCCACCUUGGAUGACGUUCGAGCCUCGGGGAAAACAAGAGCAGCAGAAGAAGGUUGUGGAUAACCUGAACAUGUCGUUCAAGGAUGUUGGACUAUUACCGUCAACGCCACGGGAAAGAAAUGGAAGCCCGUUCGGAAGGUCUCAGGUCAACUCUGGAAAGGUGGCUAAAAGGAAGACCGGGGCGUCUACCAUGCCUUCGAGUUUAACCCUCGGAAAAGGGAGAAAGAGGAGGGACGUGUUCGAAAACAUACCACCGGAGGCGUUAUACAUGCUACUUCCGUUAUGGCCAGGUGAUACAGACAAUCAUUCACAACGGCAUUACCCGUUCAUCCGUCCACAUGUGCCUUUGGAAAAGCGGAGGUUCUUGUUGGUAUGUUACAAGGCUUUAGAUCCCAAGAACAAUCCAGAGGCGAGUUCGACUACGUCGUCCAAGUCAAAGUCUACGGCCAAGACAUCGAAACCCGGAAAAACCGAUGGAGGGAGCGUCACGAGCAGUACUACCAGCAGCCGAGGCAAGGGCAAACUUGGUUCGAAGAUAUCUUCAACUUCAUCGACAGAUUCGAGGCAUUGGGAUGAGAAGAAUAUCCUUUUAGCUGGUUUCUUGAUCACUGCUCGGCAAGUCACGUAUGCAGACCUUCAAGGUUCCGGUGUACGGAUGCCAGAAGAAGGUUUGGCUGUUAGUGGUCCCUUGGAGGACGCGUUUCGACAAAUGCCCUUUUCGCUAUCAGACGAAUACACAACGCCUGGGAGGAGAAGGGCAAGUUGGAGUAGUACUAGUGAUGAUUUCCAUGGAGGAAUGCUAGAUCUCGUGUUGGGUGUUUGUUAUUCUCGGGAAUCGGGCGUCGAGUUUGAUCCGGAGGGACUGGUUUCGUUGGGUUUGUGUACAGUGUUGAACCCGCUCCCAAAGGGAACUGUAGCUGAGGAGUUGGGAGAGCAAGGGACAAAGAUGCAUCAAGUGAAGCUGACACCGAUUGGUAUGGCGGUAAUGGAGAUGGCAUGGAUUGGUGGGAUGGCGUUGAUGAGUUUUGGGCCAUCUUGAUCUUUUUUUUCUUCGUGGGUAGGAUAAUAUGUGUGAAGGAUCUAUCGCUCUUUGAUCGAUUUCUUUUGUCUUAUUCUUUUUUGUAUACUUAGUGCGCAUCUUUUUUUUUGAUACUGUGUUCAUACAUACAUAACUCGUUGUAUUUUUUUCAUGCGCCACCCUAGAGGUUUGUGGGCGCUCAAGCGCUCACUCUCCGUUCGGCGGCGGCGGUGGACUAAACUCAAAUCCUUGGUUCCG